AUGGCGGCCAAGAAAAGAAAGGCUGGUCAUCGACAGCCGUCAGCAAAGAAGAACGACUCGGCCUUGCAAUCAAAAUUCAGUGUCGACGAAACUUUCGACAACUCCGAAGAUGAAUUCACUGCCGGCCGCGAUCAAAUAUUGUUAGAAGAAGGCCCAGAAGCGAAAAGACGGCGCAAGUUUCAAGAAGAAGACGCCCUUCUCGAACCCUCCGACGAAGAAGUCCUUGGAUAUGACGAAGCUGAAGAUGACGAGGAUGAGGAUGACUAUGAAGAUGGAGAGGAAGAUGAUGAAGACGAUUAUACAUAUUCCAAAUCAAAAAAACCACGAUUCGCCGGAUCAGACUCGGACCCGGAGGCAAGCGGCGCCAGCGAGGAGGAAGAUGACGAGGGACUUGAAGCAUGGGGUUCCUCGAGGAAAGAUUACUAUAAUGCCGACGCGAUUGAGACAGAAGCAGAUGCGUUGGAAGAGGAGAACGAGGCAAAGAGAUUACAACAGAAGCAUUUGAAGGCUAUGAAGGAGGCUGAUUUCGGCUUCGACGAAAUCGACUGGCUGGAAUCCGGCCAAGGAGCCGACGACAGCAAAGAUGGCAAGGACGGUGUGGUCACAGAGAUUUUACCUCAAACGGAGAUCACAGAUGACAUGGGCACCGAGGAACGGCUCAAGGUUCUCAAAUCGCGAUAUCCCGAGUUCGAGCCUCUAGCAAAAGACUUUGUCGACCUCCAGCCGGAGUACGAAAAGGUGCUAGCAGAGGCCCAGAAAGCGGAAGCGGUUAUAAAGGACUUUGAGGGUUCAGUCCCAAUAUCGAUCAUUAAGUUUCGAGCCUUGGCAUCCUACUUGGGCUCAAUUAGCAUGUACUUGGCUCUACUCACAUCUCCCGCGGAGGACAAUGAUGGCAAGGCAAUUGCACUAUCGCCUGCCGAUCUGCGGGAUCAUCCCAUAAUGGGAGCUUUGGUCAAAUGCAGGAAACAAUGGGAGACCGUGAAGGAAUGGAGUGUAUCCGAUCUUCCUGCGUCUGAAGAUGUCGAGGUUGAUGACCGGGAAGUGUCCGAAGAACCUGAAAUGGCCGUGCAAGUACCCGUCAAAGAAAAGAAAUCAGCUAAGCCGAGUCGGAAAGAAAAGAAGUUGAGCAAAUCACAACAAGCGGCAGAAAAGGCUCAAGCGGAAGCCGAAGCACGUCGGGCCGCCAAGAUUCAAAAAGCCGAAGCCAAUCUGGCUGAUCUGGCUGAUUUGGUCAAAACAUCAAGCAAGAAAACCAAAGCUUUGCCCAAGCAAACAUCUCGAUCUCAAGAAGACGACGAUUCUGAUAUUGGCGACGAGGGCGCUUUGACGGCUCGCGAAGCCGAGGAAAAAGCCCAGAAGAAACGCUCUUUGCGAUUCUAUACUUCUCAGAUUGCGCAAAAGGCCAACAAACGAAGUGCUGCUGGUCGGAAUGCCGGUGGUGAUGAAGAUUUGCCUUACAGGGAACGUCUCAAGGACCGCCAAGCACGUCUCAAUGCAGAAGCUGAGAAGCGCGGUCGUGCCCGAGCAAACGAGGCUGAGCAACUAGGCGGCGAGUCUGAUGAGGAAGAUCACCGUCUCGCGCGUGAGAUACGCGAUGACAACGCAGGAACAGACGACGAUGAGUACUACGACAUGGUUGCCGCUCGUAACAAACAAAGGAAGGCGGAUAAGAAGGCCCGCGCCGAAAUGGCAGAGGCUGCUCAACAACAAGGGCCCUUUGAGGAGAUCGAGGAAAUUGGCCCUGAUGGCAAACGUCGUAUUACUUACCAGAUUGAGAAGAACAAAGGUCUCAUGGCCAAGCGAAACAAGGACGUGCGUAACCCACGUGUUAAGAAGAGAAAGAAGUUUGAACAGAAGAAAAAGAAGCUUGGAAGUAUCCGUCAAGUCUACAAGGGAGGUGAAGGCCGUGAGGGCUACGGUGGUGAGCUUACGGGUAUCAAAAAGAAUCUUGUCAAGAGUGUUAAACUGUAA